CAAGCCAGACCACACAGGAAAAGUCCAUGAGACUCUUAUCUCCACAGUUAAUCAGUAGAAGACUGGAAAUGGUAAUCUGGCUCAAAUGAUCUACACAGACCCCACCAAGAGACUGGAGCUGUACUUCCGGCCCAAGGACCCAUACUGCCACCCAGUGUGUGCCAACCGCUUCAGUACCAGCAGCUUGCUGCUUCGGAUCAGGAAAAGGACAAGGCGGCGCAGAGGGGAGCAGGCGGCUGAAGCCUGCCCCGAGGCCUCAUUCAACAUGGAGAUCCUUGGCAUCGUCUCCACCAUUUACAAAUUUCAGGGAAUGUCUGACUUCCAGUACUUGGCUGUGCACACGGAAGAGGGUGACAAGCAUGUGUCAAUGUAUGACAAGCUGCUCUUGCUCAAGCCCGAGAAGCAGGCCUUCUUCCAGAGGGAUGUGCCGCUCUAUAUCCCCCCGCCCAUCUUCUCCCGGCUUGACACCCCUGUGGACUACUACUACCGCCCGGAGACACAGCAUCGGUAA